AUGGCUAAUCGAAAGAUAAUGGUGGAGGUUUGUAAUGCAAAAAAUUUGAUGCCUAAAGAUGGACAAGGGACUGCGAGUGCUUACGUAAUCGUCGAUUUCGAUGGUCAGCGGCGACGGACGAAGACGAUUUCCAGAGAUCUGAACCCUCAGUGGGAUGAAAAGGUUGAGUUUCUUGUUCAUGAUAUUGCGUCCAUGGCGACGGAGAUUCUUGAACUUAAUGUUUACAAUGAUAAUAAAAAAACUGGUAAGAGGAGCACUUUCCUCGGAAAAGUGAAAAUCGCUGGAGGUACUUUUCCCAAGUGUGGGUCGGAGGCUUUGGUUUAUUAUCCUUUGGAGAAGAGGAGUGUUUUCUCGCAGAUUAAAGGUGAAAUCGGGCUUAAGAUUUGUUAUGUAGAUGAAGAUCCUCCGGCAGCUCCAGCGGCGGAAGAGCAGAAGCCUGAGGCGGCUGAAACACCGCCAGCAGCAACAGAGGAAAAGCCGCCGGAGGAGAAGAAAACAGAGGAGGAGACAAAAACCGAAGAAAAACCAGCGGAUGAAGGAGAAAAGAAAGAGGAAAAGCCGCCAGAGGAUCAGAAAAAAGAAGACGCUCCACCGGUGGCUCCCGCUACCCCAUCCACUGAUGCAGCGGCAGCUGCAACGCCACCCGCGCCACCUCCUCCUGUGGAGACUGCUGUAGCUCAGUCGCCUAAACCAAAACAGGCUGAACAGAGCCUUCAGUUGGCCAGAAAACCGUCAAAUAUGAGCUCUGAUGCGGUUUCGCUUUCCAAUCAUCACCGUGGAAGCACCGCCUUCGAUCUCGUUGAUCGGAUGCCAUUUCUCUACGUUAGGGUUGUAAAAGCAAAACGAGCGGAAAAGGAUUCCGAUGACUCAACGAUGUACUAUGCGAAGCUAGCGAUCGGAACUCACAGUAUCAACAUCAAAGCACAAGGUACAAGCAAAGAUUGGGAUCAGGUUUUUGCAUUUGACAAAGAAGGUCUCAACUCAACCUCUCUAGAAGUUUCUGUAUUCGAUCAGAAGAAGAAAGUAGUAGAAGAAGGCAAAGAAGAAAUCUUGGAGAGUUGUUUGGGAACGGUGACGUUUGAUUUGCCGGAAGUACCAAAAAGAGUGCCACCAGACAGUCCUUUAGCUCCACAAUGGUACACUCUCGACGGCUCACCGGAGAAUUCUCCGGCAACUGAUAUCAUGCUCGCCGUCUGGUUAGGGACACAAGCCGACGAGGCGUUUCAGGAGGCAUGGCAAUCGGAUUCCGGCGGGUUGAUUCCGGAGACCCGAGCCAAAGUCUACCUCUCUCCGAAGCUGUGGUAUUUGAGACUAACGGUCAUCCAAACCCAGGACUUGCAGCUAGGCUCGGGACCCGAGCCUAAAAUAAAAAACCCGGAAUUGUUUGUAAAAGGUCAACUCGGGCCACAGCUGUUUAAAACGAACCGGACAACGGUCGGGUCCUCCAGCACUUCGUCGAAUCCUACGUGGAAUGAAGAUUUGGUUUUCGUCGCCGCCGAGCCGUUUGAGCCGUUUUUGGUGAUCACAGUGGAAGAUGCAUCCAACGGUCAAACUGUUGGACAUGCGAAGGUGCAGGUAGCUAGCAUAGACAGGCGCACAGACGACCAGUCAACGCUUGGGUCAAGAUGGUUCAAUUUAGUUGGAGAUGAAAGUAGGCCCUACGCAGGUAGAAUUCAUGUUGGAGUUUGUUUGGAAGGUGGUUAUCACGUGCUUGACGAGGCAGCUCACGUGACCAGUGAUGUCCGGCCCACCGCAAAACAGCUAUCGAAACCACCAAUCGGAUUGCUCGAGGUUGGAAUCCGUGGGGCAACCAAUUUGCUUCCGGUGAAAACAAAAGACGGUACACGUGGCACUACAGAUUCCUACGUGGUUGCCAAAUACGGACCCAAGUGGGUCCGCACCCGUACUAUCCUUGAUCGGUUUAAUCCACGGUGGAACGAGCAGUACACAUGGGAUGUAUACGACCCGUGCACUGUGCUCACGAUCGGUGUGUUUGACAACGGGAGGUAUCAAAAAGGAGAAGGAGACGACAAACCGAGUAAAGAUGUACGACUCGGAAAGCUUAGGGUACGACUGUCGACUCUCGACACAAAUCGUGUGUACGUGGGUUCAUAUUCUCUUAUCGUGCUCCUCCCAGGUGGCGCCAAGAAAAUGGGUGAGAUUGAGAUUGCAGUGAGAUUCUCGUGUUCUUCGUGGAUUAGUCUACUCCAAGCUUAUUCGACUCCAAUGCUUCCGCGGAUGCACUAUGUUCGUCCUUUGGGGCCUAUGCAGCAAGAUAUGUUGAGGCAUAAUGCUAUGAAGAUUGUGAUUGCAAGGCUGGCUCGAUCUGAACCAGCCUUGGGUCAAGAAGUAGUCCAGUUUAUGUUGGAUUCGGAUACUCACACUUGGAGUAUGAGGAGAAGUAAGUCAAAUUGGUUUCGAAUCGUUGGGUGUUUGUCAAAAGCAGCCACUUUGGCUAGGUGGCUCGAGUCGAUCCGCACAUGGGUUCACCCACCGACAACGGUUCUAGUUCAUGUGCUUCUGAUGGCUAUAAUUCUGUGCCCACAUCUGAUCCUGCCAACAGUUUGCUUGUACGCAUUCUUGAUUAUAUCAUUAAGAUACCGAUACCGGACUCGGGUCCCAGUUACAAUGGACCCGAGACUCUCGCAAGUGGAUUCGGUUGGGCCUGAAGAGCUUGAUGAGGAAUUUGACGGGUUUCCGAGUUUGAAAUCAGCGGAUCAGAUCCGUAUCCGGUAUGACCGGUUACGGGCUCUAGCGGGUCGGGCUCAGACACUGCUUGGUGACGUGGCGGCACAGGGAGAGAGGUUGGAGGCGUUAUGCAGUUGGAGAGACCCGAGGGCCACUGGAAUAUUUGUCGUGGUUUGUUUGUUGGCGUCAAUGGUGUUCUAUAUUGUACCAUUUAAGGCUUUUCUUUUGGGGUGGGGAUUCUUUUACAUGCGCCACCCUCGGUUCAGGGGGGACAUGCCGUCGCUUCCAGUCAACUUUUUCCGGCGACUCCCACCACUUUCUGAUCAGAUCCUAUAA